CGCGGAGAUAAUGAAAUGGGGGUAUAUAUUUUGGGUUGUUAUAAGGUAUUAAUAUGAAUAAUGAUAAAUUAAACAAUUUCGCUUUGCUUUGUUUCAGGAAUCAGAAUAAUCAUGUAAGAACUACCACACUCGACACCAGAAACUAAACGAGCUGACUAAGGAGUGAGCAUGACGAACUUCAAACAGCUAUCGACCUCUUUCCCCGCUGACACCUCUCCGAAAUCGCGGUCGAGCGGGGAGUGGGUGAACCUGUAUACUCGCGCACACAGAAGGCGACAGAAGUGCAUGCGAGAUGCUGAGGUUAUGCGGGUUGAUGUUUUGAAGCAGCGGGAAAAUGAACUGGACAAGUACCGCAGGGAGCAGAUAACUGGAGGACCGGCAAAGUCGAGGGUGACGUCAUUGACGGUCUCGAAAACUCCAGCAGGGUUCAAGCCAUCGACGAACAACUCACGCACAGCGGUAGCCUCCAAAGUUUCUAUUCAUUCAUCAUCGUCCCCUUCCCUUUUUCCACUUUCUCCACUUUCUCCACCGGCCCGUCUUAAAUGGACGUCGAGUGUCCCGCCGCGGAUGCGUAACCCUGGUCAAACAAGUCCGCGUCGGAAGAAACAGCCUCCAACACUACCACCUCUCAGAGGAACCUUACAAACAAAUUACAUCAACAUCGCAAACGAGUAUGCGAGUGCCGACCGCCAGACGCCCGAUACAACCACAGUUGGGUAUAGACUCCCGCGAAAAGAGUGGAGCCCGGCAGACAGCACCCCUAAAAACCUCGAGGGAAACCCGUCACGGAUGUGCGAGAUAUCGAAAAUCUGGGAGCAUGGGAUGUGCAUUUACUGCGAGCUGGAGCGUAUCGAACAGUCGAUCCCGCGACCGCCGCGAUCUUUCAAGUGGAGAUCAAGGGAGAGAAACGAUGGGAUAAGUGCGGGUGGUGGUGUUAGCGGUGACGCCGGUGCGUGUGUUGCCGGCGGCGAUGGCGUGCUAGAUGACGGACUAGGUGGUGUUGGUGACGGACUAGGUGGUGUUGGUGACGGCGAUGGUGGUGAUACUAGUGACAGGUCUGACUGUUAUCGUGAAAGGAGCGACGAACAGGGAGAAAAUGAACAAGCUGACGGCAAUGAUGGCAUUGGCGAAAUAACGAGUGCAAGCGCACAGUGUGUAAUUACAAAUGAUCGACCGCGCCUUGAAUAUGAACCGGACGUCGACACACUCUCGAGUAGCGAUGAAUCAAGCAUCGGGGAACACUUCGAUGAAACUGAUGAAGGAACUGUGGAAUGCGUUCCUGUUCCUAUUGACGAUUGGAGGAAUAAUGAUGACGAUGAUAUGGAAGUUGAUUACGACGCCCUGGAACAAAUCGCAAAGUGGUAUGGACGGUACCCGAGCACGCCCGUUUCUUUCUGGAAGCAACAACGUGUUCAAAGGACGUUCCCGUCGUUCUUUUAGCCACGAGAUUGCCAAAUCAUCAACUAUCUGCAUGUACGAAUGAGCCGGCAACAAAUAGUCAGGAACAAUUAAGAAAUCAAACGUUAUUUUUAUAGAAGUUUUUGAACACCCUCGCAAACACAUGUCCAGCAUAACAAAUCGUGUAUUUCUAAGCUUUAAAAGUGUCCAGACUCCCUGGUAUUUGUGAUCACUUUGUAGUUUACACUGAUUAACCUUAUUGUAAGACUACAUUGUAUGUAGACUUAAAGGUCUAGGCUCAGCUACUCAAGGCAUUAGUGAAUACCGGUAGGCAAUUUUCGUAUUGUAAUCAAUUUGAUGCACAAAUCUGAAGUGCCUUGUUAAAAAUAUUUCAUUCACUUGUUACAAAUAAUUGUAUUUCAAUUGUCAGAAUGCGAAUUGCAUAUUUUACGUGUUGUUAGCUAGGGCAAGCCAUAAAUGCUCGUCCUACCUAGCAACAACUAAUGUAUGCAAUUUGUAUUGUGACUAUUGAAAUACAUUUAUAAACAGGUGAGUGAAAUAAUUUGUAGUGAGGAACUUAUCACAGACUUGUGCAUUAAAUGUUAUAUACCUCAC